AAAUAAUUUAAAAUACAUUAAUACAAAUGUAGAUAAUGGUUAGAAAUUUUAAAACAACAAUAAAGAUUAUAGGCUUCAGUAUAUAAAGUAUUUAGCAAAAACUCAAUAUUUUCGUAGUGGGGUUAACACAUAGAUUUUGAGAAAAUUUCAAAAAAUACGAUAAUAUUCUUUUAAUGCAUAGUUGCAUCUUUCACUAACAUAUGAUGAUGUUCAAAGAAGUUUGGACUAGCCACUAGCCAAAUCUUCUACCCCAAAUUGGUAAAAAAGGUGGAUACAGAACUCAAUAGGUGAUUAGGCUUAUAUAUGCAUACCAAUUAACAGGUGGAAAGACAUCAAACAGUUCUCAGUAUAAGUGUUUACAUGAAGAGUUAUAUUGUCCGUAAAGAUUUUGAUAGCAGAUCAGACAAUUAAGAUCAAUCCCUUUAACAAUAUCAACACCAAUCAUUUCGAGUAUUCAUUUGUUCAGAAUCUGAAAGAAAAGACAUCUGGUAGAGUUAAUCUCUUUGUCAAUAUAUAUACAUAAUUCCAAAACUAUUUGAUUUUCAAUUUAAGAAAGCCAAGAAGAAGAAUACGGUGCACAAAACGUUGGACCAUCCACAUCUUAGCACUUUUACAUGCAUCCUACGAUCCCAAUAAUGUGGACUGGUCUCACCAACUCUCCAUUAAUAAUAGAUGUCAAGUUAAUAUAUGGGGAAUUUUAUAGUUUGUAAUGAUUUUUUGAGACCAGAUCAGACAAAGAAGAUCAGAGAGGAAGAUGAUCAAGCUCUUUACCAACGUCAACACCAAUUAUUUCAAGUAUUCCUUUGUUCAGAAUCUGAAAGAAAAGAUAUCUGUUAGAGUUGAUCUCUUUGUCAAUUUAUAUGCAUAAGUACUUCCAAAACUAUUUGAAUUCACCAGCUCAUACAAUGAAGGUUCCAAUGAGACCAAUCAUACAAGCUCUCGUGUUCCAUAUCUCAGCCGUGUAUGCGAAUACCAGAAACGCUGCUUCAAACUUGGGUUCACAUUUGUCACUAUAAUCUUUCCAACAAAAUAAAAAUACAGAAAACGAGGAAUGUGGGAAAAAAGAAGAUACAUGAGAGUCCUUUAUCUGUCUAGAGUUUUUGAAAUAAUGAAAGCAAAUUAUUUCGCUAAAUUAUGAUACUUUGUUUAUUUCGCUAAAUUUUUAUCAUCUAAAAUAAAAACCGAAUUAAAAACUGGCGGUAUCCAAAACUGCGAGACAGAAAACCAAAAGAGGAAACAUAGUUCUAAAAGAUGGAGAGACCAACCAAACCUGAUGUAUGCGAUACAUUAACACACAAGAAAACCAUUACACAUAAACAAAGCCUUAUAAAACAUCAAGAAUAAUUGAAACGCUAAUCUGAUUUUUUUCAGUCUAAUUUGAUGCUCUCCUUUUUUUGUUAAAACGAGUAAAUUAUAGUCUAGUUUAAAAUGAUAAUGAAAAUAAGUAUAUAAUAGCUAGACAGCUGGUUGCAGUAUGUAUUAUAAAUCCUCUCUUUCUAACGAACACGUUGAACCAUCAACAUCUUACACUUUAUUUAUUCAUCUCACUACCCAAUAAUGUCUGCUCGUCUCACCAAAUCUCCAUUUCUCUGAUUAAUUAACAGUUGAUGUGAGAUGUCUUUAUUUUUUAUUUAUUUUAUCUUGUUUUCCUUUAAUGUGUGCAUUCGUCUGAUCCCAAACUAAUGUUUACAGGUCUCACCAACUCUCUAUAACUCCAACAAAUUAAUAAUACAUGUGAAAUGUGCUAUUGAAUUAUUAUACUUUCUUACCGUUUCUCCUAUAAUGGAUGAUGCUUCACAAAAUCUUCGAACACCCGCAAAUUUCAUGAAGGACGAUGAUGUGAGCCAAGAAUGUAAGAAUCUGAUCUCUUCUUUACCUUCAGAGAAAGAUUUCACGGGAAGAAAACUCUACAGCUACCAAGGAUCUUGGUACUAUCCCAACACACUCCAAGCAAUCCUAAACUUCCAAACACAUUUCCAAGCGCGAGACAGCGAUAUCAUCCUAGCUUCUUUACCCAAAUCAGGAACCACCUGGCUCAAGGCUCUUGCAUUCGCCGUCGUCCAUAGAAACAAGUAUGCUCCUAAUCUUGAAUCCCAUCCUCUCCUCUCCGACAAUCCUCACAACCUCGUCCGGUUUCUUGAACUUGAUUUAUAUGUCAAGAAUCAAUGUCCUGGCCUAGAAGAGCUUCCUUCGCCUCGGAUUUUUGCAACCCACAUGCCUUUUCAAACCCUUCAUGAAUCUCUAAGAGAUUCUCCUUGCAAGGUUGUUUACGUGUGCAGGGACAUAAAAGAUGUGUUGGUCUCUCGUUGGCAUUUCAGGAGCAAGCUUGUUAGUAACUACUCGCUUGAAGAUAUAGUUGAGGAGUAUAUUAAAGGGGUUUGCUUCUUCGGGCCGUUUCAGGAACAAGUAUUAAGUUAUUGGAAAGAGAGCUUGGUGAAUUCGAAUCAUGUUCUCUUCAUGAGGUAUGAAGAAAUGAUAGAGAAGCCUGAGGCUCAAGUUAUAAGAGUCGCUGAUUUCUUAGGUUGUCCGUUCACUGAAGAAGAAAAGCAAAGUGGAAUAGUAGAGAAUAUCUUGGAGCUGUGUAGUUUUGGUAACUUGAGUAACUUGGAGGCUAACAAGACUGGGACAUCUACUUGUGGAAUUCCUCACCAUGGGUUUUUUGGUAAAGGAGGAGUUGGUGGCUGGAAUAAUCAUCUCACUGAUGAUAUGGCAAGAAAACUCGAUGAGAUGGUUGAAAAGAAACUAGAAGGUUCAGGGUUGAAGUUUGAGUGAUCCAAGUUCAUAAUAAUUUUUAUAUGUUUGAUAUUCAAUAAGAAAAUCGUGUUAUGAUAUAUAAAGAUUAUAUGAAAGCUAAGCUCAGUUAUCGUUUGCAUAUCUUUUGGUGUGUUGUUUUAAAAAUGUAUAUAUUGGAAAA